AUGCUCCUCGUUGAUUUCCUGUGCGGCGGUCUCACUUCGAGCAAGCUCCCUGGAGGUUUUCCGGGCAAACUCGAGCUCAACCUGUGCCUUCAGCGCAUCCGCACUAACAACGCGAAGAGGAACGAGAGCGGGCACGUAAAGGGUGCAACAUUGGAGGGGCAGAGCGCUGAAAUGACGGCACGGCGGGGCUAUGGGCUCGGCAGUCGCCGGGCGGGAAAUCUGUUGCUGGUCCUACUGUCUUUGCGUGAGGCAAUCGCUGAGGGAGAGCAGCAGGGACCCCGCCGCGCCGCGCCACACGCAGACAGAGACACGGAGUCCCACGGACAACCGCACCGGCCGGGUGUACCUGCGGGUGGCGAGUUCGACUUGAAGCUGUCUGCGUCGAGGCUGCAGAGGAGCGGGAGCACCGACCACUUGAUGGCGGCUUCCGAGCUGGCGAGAUUGCGGGGCGUGGAAGGAGUGCACGAGUUGUCGGCGAUGCGUGCGGAUGCUACAGCGUCCCUGGGCGCCAGAGUCGCGCAGAGGGACAACGGAGAGCGCCCAAUGGAAGAAGCUGACGACGCAACGCGGGCAGCGGCAGCAGCAAUAACAACAGCGGUAACAGUACCGGCUGGACACGGCAACAGCGGAAGCCGCCGGUUACAGGCGGAUGAGUCUUGCGAGGUCGGGGCUAGUUUCGAGUUGUCCUCUACUCUCUACAGUGCGUUCAACGGGUGCUACGCCUCGUUGGAUUCGACGUUAGACCCGUACUUCUUCUGGACGGAAUCAUUCGGCGCCUUCAUCGGGCCCGCUCCCUCCAUUUUCUCAUCCACAAGCAUGGAUUUCACCACCAGCGAUAAUCCGCUCGCGUGGAAAUUGGGGGAGGUGCUGGCCAUCGGAAACGACGGAGCGGUUUAUUACAGCAUGGCGUGCGAAUCCUUCGAGUAUGUGGCAAUCGGUUCGCACCCCUCAGAUGUCACUCAAUGGAUAUGCUACCUCGCAGGCGGGUGGGUAUAUGUUUCGGCCGAUUCUUUUUCCUUGACCUGCGGCUGCUCGGACAACCCAACACCUGCUCCAGAGUCGGGGUCGACCACGCCGUCCCCGGCAUAUUCCCCCACGUCGCUCCUAAACCCCGAUGGAACCACGCCCGCCCCAGUAACCUCUCCGGUGGACGAUGAUGGUAGCCCCGAGGGGGCAUCGGGCUGCGGCGGUACGGACGAGUUCACGAUAUCGUCAUCAGAGCUGGAAGAGUUCGACGGGUGCUACGUGGACGCUGGCGAGACGGAGACGUUUUUCAGCACGUCGGGCGAGAAGGCCGACGGCGUGAUGGCGGUGUUCCCCGGCUUCCUGGACGAACAGGAGACCGCAGACGCCCGCUGGAUCGUCGGAACGUACGCCGAGGACGCGGACGAUCGCACGGUUACCUGUGUUUCGGAUGAGAGUCCGACGACUGCCCACCCUGCGGAUUCCACGUUCUCCUGCGACCUAACGGGGACGGGCGCGUUCAUCACCGUCACGGACGUGUUGUUCGGCUUCACCUGCGGGUGCACCUCCGCAUCUGCAGGCGAGGGCGACGACGACGAAGCGACUACAACACCGUCCCCCACGGGGACUGAGAGGAGCCUUGACGAUACCCCGGCCCCCACCACUUCCUUCUCCCCCUCCUCGCCUGCACCCGUCGAUCUUGCCGUUGGCUUGGACCCGUCCACCCCGUCGCCAGAGUCAGACGAAGGCCUCGACACCGCUGCGAAUGGCGGGCGAGGCCAGCACGCUGCGCCCGGGGUUUUGUUUAUUUUGUCUGGCGUUGGGGGGCUCUUCGUGGGACUGGUGGGCGCGAUCGUGGCGGCGCUGUAAGCCGUGCUAUAUGAGAACGGCCUGACUCGGGAGGAGCAGGGCAUUACGGGAGAACCCUGAGUCUCAAUACAUUGGGCGAAGUAGUGCUGGUGCUUGGUUGCAGUUUUCCCCACCCUGUGCACCUCAAACCUGAUUGCUGGCUGCGGAUCGUUCUGUAUGGGUGUUUGGUUGCCGCUGUUUGGGGGCGCGCUCCGUUGGUAAGUUUGGCCACAAAGGUUUAUUGUAAGAUUUAGGUGAGGAUGUGUCGUGCGUUUGAAGAUGCCGUCGCAGUCGCAGUCGGGAGCUCGCGUCAUGGCUACUAUUUAUGCGUAUCACUCGACAGGCUUUCGCCAGGACAGGCAGACACAAGUCCAACCGAAGUUUUCAUUGUUGGCCAUGAAAUAUGGCGCGAGCCCAUAAUCUCCUUGUAGAGAUCUUGACGAGGGUGUCCCUGGCUACGACAUCGUCCUGCUGUUCCGCAAACAAAUCCUGUAUGGUACAUUUGGUCGAGUAUGAUGUCAAAAGCAAAUGAGGACGUGCAUUUUGGAAGGCGAAGCUUGUCGUUGCGACCGCUUUCCUCGCCGAGAGGCCUCCGGGACUGACGAGGUCGCAAACAAGAUAAACCCAAGCCGAACGGGGGUGUCCAGGGUGCAAGGGACGCCCGUGUUCGGCGCCACAGCAGCAGUAACGCGUUGCCGAGCAGCGGCUUGUUGGUGCAGACGGGAGAGGUUUUCGUUCCGUUGGGGUUUCUCCCCGAGGUCCCGCAACGUUCCGCGUGUGUUGGGGGAAAUGCGUGUCAAGCACUAGGUACGUCUAACUUUUGAAAACGGUGGGCACCGUUCCGGGCCAUGCUCGUGUUGCAAUUGUGACCGCGCUCGGAGCAAACGGUUGGGGUUUUGUCCUGUUUGUUUUGGCCGUCAGUCCCAGAACAUCACAAGGAGGGUCAGGAAACCCCUAUCCCGAACCGUCAAACCGUUGUCUUUCUCGCACGUCUGUUCAUCAGAACGGGCUCUUGGCUGACAGGAUGAAUGUUUGUUGCGACCGGGCGGAAACCGCCGGUGGUCUCUCAGACAGGUAGGUUCCUGCAAUGCAGCUUCAGAGCGAUCGACGUCGU